AUGGGCUACUCGAAUGCUGUCUCUUCUAUAAACUCGUCUAAAAUAUGGGUCAGUGAUGGGGCAUUUAACAAACUCAUAGACGACGAGACGCUGAGGAUAAUAAUCCUAGUUCAGUACUGCACUAUCAGUACCAUCAUCAACAUAUGCGGCAUUGCUUCUAACAUCGUCAACAUCAUUGUUUUUAUCAAACAAGGUUUCAAAGAAGCCAUGAAUAUCAGCUUAGUGGGACUAGCCUUGUCUGACCUGUUCAGCCUCUUCUUCUUGCAAUGGGAAAAUAUCUGCUUCAGUCCCAUGUUGCAGGAGGCUGAUGUCCCUUUCUUUUCGCUAGAGGUCCAAUACCUGAGCGGGGGGUGGCCCCGGAUGUGCUGCCUCCGUAUCACCGCCUGGAUCACCGCUUAUAUCACCUUUGAAAAAUGUCUGUGCAUUGCAGUGCCACUCAAAGUGAGGUUGAUACUGACGCCGAAAAGAACUUUCAUCAUCAUCAUAUGUAUUUAUCUAAUCAUCAUGGCGGCCGUCUCGCCCAUCUAUUACACAACUCGACUUGUCUAUAAGUUCUUCCCAAGCAGGAAUCGCACUCAGCUGGGCAUUGGUUUUACUGAAGACCGGGUCAGCAUAGACGGGGUGCUCUUCAUUACCAAUAAUGUGUUUUUACCGGUAACUGCUUUCGUCACUGUAGCCGUCUGCACUUUCAUUCUUACGUUCAAGCUGAACAGGAAAGCAAAAUGGCGGGAAGUGUCCACCACAAAAACGGAACACAUGUCAAUCAAGGAGAAGCAGCUCAUGAAAAUGGUUAUCCUCAUUUCUGCUUUUUUCAUUGGCUGCUUCUCUCCUAACGCCAUUGUGUUUUUCUGGAUGGCCAAGGAGCCGGAGUUUAAUAUUGCCGGUAAAUAUGAAAACAUUUUCAUUGCUGUCUUUGAUUACUGCUUUCUUCUGGAGUCGCUGAACGCAGCGUUAAACACUGUCAUUUACUAUAAGAUGAGCUCCAAGUAUAGACAAAUAUUUAGGGGAAUGUUUUGUGGACAACAUAAAAAGCCUGCUGGCCAGUCGGACCAAGAGAGACAGAACGUUAAGUGA